GUGUGUUCAGCCUGGGACUAGCGCCUCUGAAGCAGCUGCCAUGGAGGAGCCACGGGGGCAGAGAGGAGAGGGGGACCCGGGGAGCAGGGUAGAUAUCGAGGACCUGAAGGAGAACAGCCAGCUCCGGAUUACAGAGCUGCAGCGGGGCAACAUGGUGAGUACAUACUGCAUGAGCGGCGUUGGUUUCAUUGGUCUUCCUUGACAAGAACAAGAACAAACAGCAGAGACACACUCUUCUCAUUACUUUAUUUACCUUUCAAAUGAUUCAAACUGUGCUUCGGUGUUAACAUGAUAAAUGUAAACCAAUGUGCUCUCUGUUUAUUGCAUCAAGAGGACUACUGAGUGAAUCUCUUAACACUCCCCCAGCACCUCUUUAUGGACAAACCGGUUGUCAACAGGAAGAGAGAGGAACAAAGCAUCUCAGCAACAGUGGCACGGAACCUUUUUAGCUUCAGAUGGCUGUCAGAAACAUGAUUAUUGCACAUAAUUAUCAAUAAUAAAUUCAGUACAAUGAAUAACCAAGACUAAACAAGUGAACUAUAAUAAAUGUUUCCAUUUAGGCCUGCAUUAAAUCAAAAUGAUGGCAGCACCAUGAAAAUUAUAAAGCAUAGCGCCAUAAAAUUGGAUCGUAAUACUGACACUGUACAACGUAGUUCUGGGCUGUGAGCCGUUGUAGUAAAAGACAGGUUGUUAUUAAUGAAUUCUGUGAGAAGUGUGUGCUAUUUCCCUGUCUGCUGACUUGUUUUCCAUGUUAUUUGUUUGUUUCUGGUGUGGAUCAAUGUUGCUGAGCUACAAGAGAAAUUGCAGGAGCAGCAGAUCAGCCAGCAAGAGGCACAGAGAGAGCUGCUGGACACAGAGAGACGACAGCUGGAGGCAGUGAGGCAGGCCCACAAGGCAGAGAUCCGGCAACUCCGAGACUGGAACAGGGAGCAGAGGAGGCAGCUGCUGGUAAAGACUCCCAAACCCCUGUCCAGAGCCUGUCGCCUGUGAGGAGGAGUCCCAACACAGCGUCCUGGCUGAGCUGGAGUGGGAGAAGCAAGCAUUGUUGGACAUGGAUCCACAACAGAAUGACAACCCAACAAAUGAGGGAGCAGAAAAUAGUCUUUUACCCAAGUGGUCUGUCCUUCUAGCGGAAGAGACUGGCCAGCCCCCCUCGGAGGGGGGACAGGAGCACCACACUGAGGGGGCGGACUGUACUGGAGGGAGCCACAGGGUUUCCCCUGAUACAGAGGGCACUGCUGUAUCCAAGGAGACCAGAGAAGAGGCUGUUUCUGACCAGGCUUGACCGGAAAAAAGAGGAAGCCAGCUGGGGAGCUUUACCUGCUGAAGACCGGAAUGCCAUGUUUGCAGUUUACAGGAAGGAGGCAACUAUCCAGAUUGAAGCUCUAGAAGCAGAGUUAGAAAAGCUGAGACAGGACAGCCAACAAAAAACAAAGAAACUGAAGAAGCUCUGGAAAGAAUCCAAAACCAAAUGGGACACGGAGUGGCAGGUUCUCUCUGAGUGUGUGCAGCAGGCCAGGGAGAGACAGGCAGUGGCUCAGAGGGAUUGUGAAGCUGCCAGGACUGAACUACAGAGGCUGACCCAGAAGGCAACUGGGGACCAGUCUAUCCUCCAGUCUACAGGAGCCCAGAUGAAGGAGACCCCGUGCGGGAGAGAGGAGGGGGGAGCUGCUGUAGAUAUAAAUUUGUUUGCUGAAGCUUUGGAGACCCCAGAAUUGAGUCUGAGUGCCACAGACCCACUGACAGCAGAACAGCUACAGACUGCUUUGAGGAGCUCUGACUCACAACUCAACAGCACCAUUGCAGUUUUCAGCAGAGUGCUUGGAGCUGACAGCUGUCCCUCAACACUGCCAGCAGCUGAGGAGGAAGACACAGGGGAGGCUGCUGGGAAGGUCAAAGGGCAGGACGUGGGGCGAGCCAUAUCCCAGGAACACAAACCCACAGAAAGCCCUCACCUACACAGAUUCACUCCCUGCACUGAGGGAAGCGGCACUGCAGCCCGCUCACCCUUGAAAUCGGAGCCAGAGAGCCCCAGUGACCUGCCCCGCCCUGGAGGAAUGAUCAUGUUUACCCGUCUGGACUUGGAACACAACAAACAAGCGCUCAGACACACCCUGCGCAGAGGGAGGGUGCCUGCCCAGCUCUGUCAGGGAGAUGAGAAUGUACUCUGAGCUGCAGAGGCAGCGCCUGGCUAGCCUGGUCAGGCAGUACACAGCCUACCUGGGGAUGCUGGAGGCGAGGGAGGUCAUGAGGACGAGCAGCAACUCCUCUGCUUGGCACU